CGCAACCGACUGGAACGGAAAUCGCCUUGAUGCGCCCACUGGCCGGACCCUACCGCACCCAGCACCAACCUGUUCACCAACCUGUUCUCGUCAUUGGGUACUAAAGCAUCAGGUGCAGCCGACGUGCUACUGCAUCCCUAUUCUCCGUCGAUCCCCUCCCACCUCCGGCGCUUACCACGUGCCGUCCUGUCCUCCUAGGCUUCCCUUGCUGCCACCCAAGACUGGCAUGAGCGGUGCGUCCAAAGGCCGAGUCAGAAAGUCACGCACAUCGAAAUUACCGUUUUCGCGUACUCUCACUGAGACUCGACCAUCUAUGAGACGCAACUCAAACCGUCUAUCCCGCUCCCAAGAUGGCUCUCGGAACCAUGUCAACCUCACCGCUAUCGAUGACCUCUUCAACCGCUUUAAAGAAGCAGCCGAAGAGAAAAUCGAAGCUGAGGGUAUGCAAGCUCUUUUCGAGGCCUUAGAUGUAGAUCCGCUCGACAUUACUUCCCUCGUCUUCGCUUGGAAACUACGAGCGAAGACCCCCUUUGAAUUCUCGCGAUCCGAAUUUGUCGACGGCUGCGUCAAUCUCGGUGCAGACUCGCUGGAGAAGCUCAAGGCUGUCUUGCCCUCUUUGAAAGAGUCGCUGAACAACGACGACGACUUUCGCAGUUUCUACAUGUUUGCCUUCGAUUACAACAAGCCGAUCGAACAGCGAAGCCUCCCUAUCGAGGUCGCACGGCAGCUCUUCCCUUUAAUUUUAGGAGGGCGGUUUGCGCACAUCGACCUGUGGAUUGAAUUUCUCGAAGGGAAGAAGCACGCAAUUUCAAGGGACACCUACUCGCUGCUGCUCGAUUUUGCCCGUAACAUCGACUAUGAUUUGAAAAACUUUGACGAGGAAAACGGGGCUUGGCCAGUAUUGCUGGACGAGUUUGUAGAUUUUGCGAAACCCAGGAUCGCACAAGAUAAGGACCGGAUGGAUGAGUAGACGGCCGGGCGAAGGUCGGUGCGAGUGACGAUUAGGGAACCCGCGACAAACUGGCACGGUGUUGCGAAAAGCCGGAAGGGCAUGGUGGAGGGCUAGGUAGGAGCGUUAUAAAGACCUCCGCGCUUCAGAGA